AUGCGCACCCUUGGACUAUCGGUGAUCAGUAUGCUACUGACCGGGUUGGUAAUCGGUAAUGCAUACUUCCAAAAGAAACAAUUCUACCCGUCGGUUGUGUAUAUCACCAAAUCCAACCCGAGCAUGGCCGUUAUUUACAUACAAUCACUAGUACUGGUGCUAAUGCUAGGGAAACUGAUGAAAAAAAUCUUUCUCGGAACAUUGCGAGCAGCUGAGUUUGAACAUCUGAUGGAGCGAUUCUGGUACGCUUUAACAGAGACCUGUUUGGCGUUUACCGUAUUUCGAGACGAUUUCAAUCCAAAGUUUGUAGCACUGUUUACGGUGCUGCUUUUCCUGAAGUCCUUCCACUGGUUGGCUGAAGAUCGUGUCGAUUAUAUGGAACGAAGUCCAGUAAUCGGAUGGUUAUUUCACGUCCGGGUGGCAGGAUUGUUGCUCUCACUCGGAUUGUUCGAUUAUGAACUUAUUUCGUACGCGUAUCAGUCCACCAUCGCCAAGGGCGUGACGGUGCAGUUGGUGUUUGGCUUUGAGUACGCUAUUCUGAUGACGAUGGUCAUCAACACGGCCAUCAAAUACAUUUUCCAUGCUGCCGAGUUACGCUCGGAUACACCCUGGGAGAAUAAGGCGGUAUUUCUCCUUUAUACUGAGCUAAUCAUUGGUUUCACGCGUGUCGUGCUGUAUGUGGUGUUUGUCAUCCUGAUGGUAAAAAUAUUCACUCUUCCGAUGUUUGCCUUCCGGCCAAUGUACUAUACGAUGCGCAAUUUCAAAAAGGCGCUGAACGAUGUAAUUCUAUCUCGGCGCGCCAUUCGCAACAUGAACACGCUCUAUCCUGAUGCAACACCUGAGGAGCUGCAAAUGUCGGAUAACAUUUGCAUCAUUUGCCGUGAAGAUAUGGUGAGCAACUCAAAGAAGCUGCCGUGCGGCCACAUAUUCCACACGGCGUGCCUGCGCUCCUGGUUCCAGCGACAACAGACGUGCCCAACCUGUCGGUUAAACAUUCUGCGCACGCCCAUCACUGCCGCUACUGCGGCUGCCAAUCCGGUGCCAAACAAUAAUGCAAACGAAACGGCUACAGGUGCCACCGCGGGUAAUGCAGACAACAGUCGUCCAACAAUGACCGCUGGUGCUGGUGGUACUUUGCCUGCUGGUACUUCUAAUGGUCUUGCAACGCCAGCGACAAAUGCUUUACCAAUGUUUCCUCCGGCUCCAUUGGUACUUCCUCCGUUUCCCUUUGUCGGUAUGCCCUCGUACACAAUGCCUUUACCGCCCGCACCACCUUCGCUAGAGACGUUAUCCGACGAGGAAGUACGUGCGAUGGAAGGAAAUGAAAGACGACAUAUUGAAGAGCGUAUCAAACACCUGCAGAACAUACGCACUCUGCUUGAUGCGUCCGUUGCGUUGAUGAAUCAAUACGCGGCGAUUACUGCCCGUCUGCCACCGGAAGCUGUCGCUCAUCUGCAGCAGCAGCCAAAUACACAAACCGCCGAUUUGCCUUCAGGUGAGGCGACAGCAACAACGUUACCAACAACGACACCGGCGAAGGAAUCUUCUGAUUCAUCAACCACUACUUGUGCUGGUGUUGAUAGCGGUAGCAGCAGCACCAGCAACAACAACGGUAGCAGCAUCAAUAGUAGCAGUAGUAAACAUAACACUAAUGUUAGUGAUAAGGAUAAAAGUAAUGUAAGCAAGUCCUCUGGUGAUUCGGGAUUCAGUCAACCGAAGUUGGAAGAUCUAGGACCAAUUAGCAGCGACGAGGAUGAGUCGUCAGUGAAACUAAAAAAGGAGCCCUUACCGAGCUCCAGCAAGGCAUUCCUUAUCACGCCCGACCAGUUGCAAGAUGAGGUGUCAACUGAGACCCCCUCGAUGCCGUCAAAGUCGCCAACGGUCAACGGGGACAGCAGUGAUGGCGGCUUAAAGCGACCAGAAAGUUCCGCCAUGAGUGAACUGCGCCGUCGAAGGUUGGAAAAAUUUGGCUCCCCAGCGUCACCAGGAUCGGCGGAAAGCCAGCAGUAG